AUGCCCGACCCAUCUAGCGCUCUCCGAAGAGUAUCAUUUGGUUAUAUCCUUGGGUUCAGUGAUAAACCCUAUAAAGAUCCAAAACCACCGCCCCCACCACCGCGCCCCAGAAGGCCGAGCCAGCUGGCUGAACUAGUCGCUUCCCCGGGAGGUUUGGUAGAGUGGACAGCAAGCGAUGGACGUAAGGGUAAACUUACGGGCAUGGGCAAGCUGCAAUUGACUGCCGCAAGUCUUACUAAAGUCCCAUCUGAGAUCCAGCCAGCAAAGGAGCAUUUGGAAAAACCUACUCCCAAAAAUCCCCCUGGUAACGCCGAGAAUAUAUGGACAAACAACGAUUGGAGUGGUUUCGAGGCGACUGGUGGGAUCACGAAGUCAGCUUCAAAUAAGGCACCUAGCAGCAAGAACGAUGCCUGGGGAAAUGGUGAUUGGAAUGCCAGUGGCUCUAACAAAGGAUCUCAGAAGGCAGCUAGCUGCACCCAAGUUCUCUGGGGCUCCGGAGAUGUUGGUGAAAUGUGGGUAACACAAGCAGAUACUUCCGGUGGUGAUACCAAGAAGGAUGAGAAGGAAGACGAGAAGAAAGCAGAAAAGAAAGCAGAGAAGAAAUAUGAAAAGAACGACUCGAAAGCGACCGAGCAGGCAACUAAGAGUGGCGACUCAAAUGAAACGCCAGCCCCAACCAAUACUGCUGCAGAAAGAGGAGAGACAAAGGAGUCCGAUGAUACAAAUACAUGGACUAAGGAGGAAGACGAGCAGUUACUGCGGAUGAAAACAGAAGAUAUGCAGCUGUCGUGGAAGGCUAUUGAUAGUAAACUGGGUAAAGCCGACGGCCAGUCCAAAGCGAGAUUCAAAAUAGUUAAGCCAGCGGGUUGGAAACCUAACACUGCAAAGGACAACGCUGGUAAAGGGAAUGCAAGCCAGAAGAACGACACAAAGGGCGACGAACAGAAGCAGAACCAGGGAACCAAGGACAGCAACAAAAACAGCAAUGAGAAAGACAAGAAAGACAAUGAAGUUGCCGAUAAUCUUUUGGGAGAUGCUUUCGCAGGAAUGCUCGGUGAGACUAGUGACGGCAAGCAGGGUGACGUUGAGAAAGCCAACAACACAGGUACCUGGGGAAUUGGUGAUCCUACAAAGACAGGCGAUACCAGUGAUGCUAAAGACAAUAACGAUGUCUGGAUCAACACGGAUGGGGCUGGUGAUAGCAAGGACAAGGACCCCGCCGAUCAAUGGGGCCCGGCAGCCACAGACUGGGGUGCUUACAACCAGGAAACCAACCCUGCCACUCCACCAGGCUGGGACAAUCCAGUCCCUGACAUCCAGCAGCCCCUCAGUCCAGCAAAACCCGCACCAGCCUCUCGCUCCACCAAAGCACCAUCCGAGUUUCGCUCGCGCCGCAGCACUUCCAGCAAGUCCAAGCCCAGCACUACUCGUCCUGCUGAGAUUGAACUCGAGCCUGAUGACACCUUUUCAGCCGAUGACUUGCGCUUGAUUGCCCGUAUCCUGCAGCAGGACUGCUCCAUGGUGUGGAGUAGGCUUAGUUGGCGGUUCCGGGACAAGACGGGUAGGACGCUGCAUCCUGAAGUUUUCGAGAAGAAGAUUACGGGGAGUGUUGAGGGGGAUGGGAAGAAGUGA